GGGUGGGCUCAGCUAUGGACCCCAUCAUGUGACCUCACUUCCUUGGCGAUGGGUCCAAACAGAACUUGGAACCCUGCACUCAACUGCCUCCCCGGUCACUUGGCUGAGGACAGUUAGCAGCGAACAUGCUGUGCUGCUUUCCCAGACCUCAAGGCCGCAGGCCCAGGACCCCACGAAAAGAAAACACUUGGCAACGAGUGAGAGGAUGGUUCACUUGCCCCAGAUGCCUCAGGACACUAUCCAGAAACUGCCCAAACACUAUGGGCAGCACAGGGCAGGACCCCAAGUGCCCAGAGGCGAGAGGAAGCCCAGGACAGGUGUCCCCAGGCUCAACCCUUAGCCGCUCGAAGUCACUGAGUCCAGGACAGGUCCAUGGAUGGGACACUACUAUGGGAACCCAGUACACAGAGAGCCUGGCGGAGCUCUGCACAGUGAGCACAGUGCAGGCAGGGCCGCCCCACACCAUGAUGGAGCUCCUGGAGCAGGACUUUCCGGAGAGGAAGAGCAGGUCCACCUCUUCUGUCUUUGAUUCCUCACCGGAGCUGAUAUCCCAGGCGAAUCCCCAGGAUGAGCUUGUCCUGAACCAGCUGGAGCCUCCUGAGCCUGCUGAGGCAGAGCCCCACGCUCCGGCCCACACUGACGUCCCACCUGCUGAACUCGUGCCAGCUCCACCUGCAGCUCCCGUGGCAGCUCUGGCCCCACAGCAGGAGCCAGCACCUGGAAGCCCUGCUCCACCAGGAACACAGCUGCAACUUCUGGCUCCAUGGCAGGUGUCCUCUCUUCAGAUCUACCUGGACCCAGCUCUUCACCCCUAUCUGCAAUCUCUCUCUCCUACAGAUUUACUUAUCCUUUUAUUCAUUGCUGCCCUUAUUUCCCAGAGACAGAGCAAUGAUGGAAUUCCUUUAAAUAAACUUUAA